AAAGCGAGGAGAGGGGGAAAGAGCUCUGCGAAGGGGAUCAAGGGGGGAGUCCGGCUCCCCCCACCCCCUCUCUCUUCCCCCAGUGCCUGGAGAGGGGGGCGAGAGAGGGGAGCCUCCUACUUUGGCAAACACUUUGGCACUUUGCUGGAUCCGGAGCAGGAGAAGGUGGAAAUAUGGGGAAAGUUGGAACUUGCUUGGUUACUUUGGCUGGACUUUUGCUGGCAGCUGGAGCGGAGACGUUCACAGGUUCCUGUACAUUUGAUGAGCCACUCAGUUCCUGUGGCUACAGUCAGUCUGAUGAUGAUGAUCUCAACUGGGACCAGGUGAACACACCGAUAAAGCCCUCCUCAUCUCAAGGGAUGCCAUCAGGUUCUUUCAUGUUGGUGAAUACAUCUGGGAGAUAUGCUGGACAGAAAGCUCACCUCUUGAUGCCCCAUCUGAAAGAAAAUGAUACCCAUUGUAUUGAUUUCCACUAUUAUAUUUCAAGCAAGAGUGGAUCUAGCCCUGGCACUUUGAAUAUCUACGUGAAAGUUAACGAUGGACCUAUUGGUAACCCAGUUUGGAACACCUCUAUCACUCCUACUUGGGGCAGAGCAGAACUGGCAAUAAGCACUUUCUGGCCCAAUUUUUAUCAGGUUGUUUUUGAAGUGGUCACUUUGGGUCACCCAGGAUAUGUGGCUAUCGAUGAAGUGAAGGUUUUAGGACAUCCAUGUACAAAAACUCCUCAUUUCUUGCGUCUUCAGAGCGUGGAAGUCAAUGCAGGACAGUUUGCUACUUUUCAGUGCACUGCCAAUGGUGGAACAGACUCAAGCGACAGACUCUGGUUGCAGGGCAUUUAUGUAAGGGAUGCACCUUUGAAGGACAUCAAAGUGCCCAACUUCCGCCGGUUUAUAGCUUAUUUUAGUGUGGUAAAUGCCACGAAGAGGGACGCUGGCAACUAUCGCUGCAUGAUUCGGACGGAAGGAGGAGUUGGUGUCUCCAACUAUGCAGAGCUGAUAGUCAAAGAGCCACCGGUUCCCAUCGCCCCACCUCAGCUGUCCUCAGUCGGUGCAACUUACCUGUGGAUCCAGUUGAAUGCCAACUCCAUCAAUGGAGAUGGACCCAUCAUUCAAAGGGAGGUUGAAUAUCGAACUUCAAGCGGCAGCUGGUAUGACAUCCAACCUGUGGACUCCACAAGCUAUAAGAUUGGACACCUGGAUCCUGACACAGAGUAUGAAAUCAGUGUGUUGCUAACAAGACCAGGUGAAGGAGGAACUGGCUCUCCUGGCCCAGCUCUCAAAACAAGGACAAAAUGUGCUGAUCCAAUGCGUGGGCCACGAAAACUGGAGGUUGUGGAGAUCAAAUCCAGACAAAUCACUAUUUGCUGGGAACCAUUUGGAUACAAUGUCACUCGCUGCCACCGAUACAACCUCACGGUCCAUUACCGGUACCAGGCUGGAGGGCAGGAGCAAGUGAGAGAAGAAGUAAGCUGGGAUACAGAAAGUUCACAUCCCCAGCACACAAUUACUAAUCUAUCACCAUACACAAAUGUCAGCAUCAAAUUAAUACUAAUGAAUCCUGAAGGACGGAAAGAAAGCCAAGAACUUGUAGUACAAACUGAUGAAGAUGUCCCAAGUGCUGUGCCACUGGAAUCCAUCCAAGGGAGUACCUUUGAGGAGAAGAUUUUUCUUCAAUGGAGAGAGCCAGUGCAAACAUACGGUGUGAUUACUUUGUACGAGAUCACCUACAAAGCAGUCAGUUCCUUUGACCCAGAAAUAGAUUUAUCCAAUCAAAGUGGACGUGUCUCCAAGCUGGGAAAUGAAACACACUAUCUCUUUUUUGGACUGUAUCCUGGCACUACCUACUCCUUUACCAUUAGAGCCAGCACAGCUAAAGGCUUUGGACCUCCAAUCACAAACCAGUUCACCACAAAAAUAUCAGCCCCCUCGAUGCCACCAUAUGAACUUGAAACACCUUUGAAUCAAACUGACAGCACUGUGACAGUCUUGCUGAAACCAGCACAGAGCAGAGGAGCUCCUGUCAGUGUCUAUCAAAUAGUUGUUGAAGAAGAACGCCCACGGAGGACCAAAAAGACAACUGAAAUCCUGAAGUGCUACCCAGUGCCCAUCCACUUCCAGAAUGCCUCGCUGUUGAAUUCCCAGUACUACUUUGCUGCGGAGUUUCCAGCCAACAGUUUACAAGCUGCUCAGCCUUUUACUGUUGGUGAUAACAAAACCUACAGUGGUUUCUGGAACACUCCUCUUCUUCCUCACAAGAGCUACAGCAUAUAUUUCCAAGCUGCUAGCAGAGCCAAUGGGGAAACCAAAAUCGACUGCGUCAGGGUAGCCACAAAAGCUGCGAUAAUCGUGACUCAGCUUACAACACCAUACAUUCGCAUCGCCCCUGCUGCAGGCGACGACCAACUAACAGGGGCUGCCACCCGAAAACCAGACCCAGAGCCUGAGAAGCAGACGGACCACACUGUUAAAAUUGCUGGAGUCAUUGCAGGCAUCUUGCUGUUCGUCAUAAUAUUUCUGGGGGUCGUGUUGGUAAUGAAGAAAAGAAGAAGCUAUCACUCCUACACUUAUUACCUAAAAUUGGCUAAAAAAAGGAAAGAGACAUUGAGUAGCACACGGCAGGAAAUGACAGUGAUGGUGAAUUCGAUGGAUAAAAGCUACACUGAGCAAGGCACCAACUGUGAUGAAGCUUUCUCUUUCAUGGACACUCACAAUCUAAAUGGAAGAUCUGUAUCUUCACCAUCUUCAUUUACAAUGAAAACUAACACACUGAGCACAACAGUGCCUAAUUCUUAUUACCCAGAUCCAUUUGUGCCAACUGCAAUUUUAGUGCCAAUCAAUGAUGAAACCCAUACGAUGGUCAGUGACACAAGCAGCCUGGUCCAAUCCCAUACCUACAAGAAGCGAGAUCCAGUGGAUGUGCCCUACCAGACCGGACAGCUUCAUCCAGCCAUCCGCGUAGCUGACUUGUUGCAACACAUCACCCAGAUGAAGUGUGCAGAAGGCUACGGAUUCAAAGAGGAGUAUGAAAGUUUCUUUGAAGGACAGUCUGCACCGUGGGAUUCAGCUAAGAAAGACGAGAACAGAAUGAAAAAUAGAUAUGGGAAUAUCAUUGCAUAUGAUCACUCUCGAGUGAGGUUGCAGCCCAUUGAAGGAGAAACGAGUUCCGAUUACAUCAAUGGGAAUUAUAUUGAUGGUUAUCAUAGACCAAAUCACUACAUUGCUACACAAGGACCAAUGCAGGAGACAAUAUAUGACUUCUGGAGGAUGGUGUGGCAUGAAAACACAGCCAGCAUAAUCAUGGUUACUAAUCUCGUAGAAGUGGGAAGGCUAUUGGAGAAUGCACACAGUACAACACCUUGCUUACUCCAAGAUACUGCUCUGGACUACAAACUUCCAAAGACAGAGCUGGAUCCUUCUGUGGAAAGCAAUGGGAACUGGACCAAGGUCAAAUGCUGCAAGUACUGGCCUGAUGACACAGAGAUAUAUAAAGACAUUAAAGUUACCCUAAUAGAAACAGAGCUCCUGGCUGAAUAUGUGAUCCGAACGUUUGCAGUCGAAAAGAGAGGUGCUCAUGAGAUUCGAGAAAUCCGGCAGUUUCACUUCACUGGCUGGCCAGACCAUGGUGUCCCAUACCAUGCCACAGGCCUGCUGGGAUUCGUACGCCAGGUCAAAUCCAAGAGCCCACCCAACGCUGGACCUCUGGUUGUUCACUGCAGUGCUGGUGCUGGCAGAACUGGAUGUUUCAUUGUCAUUGACAUCAUGCUAGAUAUGGCAGAAAGAGAAGGUGUUGUAGACAUAUACAAUUGUGUGAGAGAGCUUCGAUCUCGGAGAGUUAACAUGGUGCAGACUGAGGAGCAGUAUGUCUUCAUCCACGAUGCCAUCCUGGAAGCUUGUCUUUGUGGGGACACAUCAAUCCCAGCUUCCCAAGUUAGGUCUGUGUACUAUGAAAUGAAUAAACUGGACCCUCAAACUAACUCCAGCCAGAUCAAAGAGGAAUUUAGGACUUUAAACAUGGUGACUCCAACUCUGCGUGUAGAAGACUGCAGCAUAGCUCUUCUACCACGGAAUCAUGAAAAGAACCGCUGCAUGGAUGUUCUGCCUCCAGACAGAUGCCUGCCUUUCCUCAUAACAAUAGAUGGGGAGAGCAGUAACUACAUUAAUGCUGCCCUGAUGGAUAGCUACAAGCAACCGUCUGCUUUUAUAGUUACACAGCAUCCUUUACCAAAUACCGUCAAAGAUUUCUGGAGACUGGUCCUAGAUUAUCACUGCACCUCAAUAGUUAUGCUGAAUGAUGUGGAUCCUGCACAACUCUGUCCUCAGUACUGGCCAGAAAAUGGAGUACACCGACACGGUCCUAUUCAGGUGGAGUUUGUAUCAGCUGAUUUAGAAGAAGACAUAAUCAGCCGGAUAUUCCGAAUUUACAAUGCAGCCCGGCCCCAAGAUGGCUAUCGGAUGGUGCAGCAGUUCCAGUUCCUAGGAUGGCCUAUGUACAGAGACACUCCGGUGUCUAAACGUUCCUUCUUGAAGCUCAUCCGCCAAGUGGAGAAGUGGCAGGAAGAAUAUAACGGGGGAGAGGGACGCACCGUCGUGCAUUGCUUGAAUGGAGGUGGCCGCAGUGGGACAUUUUGUGCAAUCAGUAUCGUUUGUGAAAUGCUUCGACAUCAGAGGGCUGUUGACGUAUUCCAUGCUGUGAAGACACUGAGGAAUAAUAAACCCAACAUGGUGGACCUUCUGGAUCAAUACAAAUUCUGCUAUGAAGUAGCUUUGGAAUACUUGAAUUCUGGCUGAUGGUGUAAACAGCACAGGCAGCGUUCCUGCUUCUCACCACCACGAACAAAGCAAAGCCGCUCCAUGAUAUCUAUGUAAAAUGAGAUGACAACUUCUCAGUGUUCUGCUUCUACUGCUUUGUCUGAUUGGCUCUUUUGAAGAGCCCAAAGAGCUGUUUCUAAACCUGCUUGCACUGCCCGUUUCCCACUAGGAUGCCGCCGCUUGACACCCAUCUGAACGUCCACCACAACCACACGGCAGCUGUCGGGCACCACCUGCACCCAUGGCCAUCGAGGUGGUGAAGCAGCACGGUCCUCUGGUGAAUAAGAGAGCACAACAAUAUUCUUACGAAGGGAUUUGUACUUUUCUGUUCUCCUUGCGUUGCCCGUUCCCGUCACAGCCUCGUGUCCGUUUUCUGUUCCGUGGAGAAUGCUGUCUGGCAUUUUGGAUACUCUCUGAUUUAUUUUUCUUUUAGUUAUAUUCGUAUCCUAACACAUAACAAAUGAACCAUAUGUAGCUUAUCUGAACUAAUGGGAAGACACAUACCAAAUCGCGUUAACUUCUCUGUUGGAAUUCCUAUCCGUUUCGUACUGUUUCAGAGGGAGCAUCUUGGACAGAAGGACAGAGAGAAAAUGGAAAAUACAGAAUGCUCAGAUUAAUAUAUCCAAAGUCUGUUGUUUGUUUAUGGUUUGGGCUGUUUUUUCUUCUUUUUAUUUGUUUAUAUUGUAAAUAUUUUUUUGAUUUAAUCAAAUUAUUUAUUCAUUAAAAUGAACUUUUUUUUUCCUUUUUUUCUU